AUGGCUGCCGCCUCCGAGCCCGUGGAUUCGGGUGCAUUCUGGGGACCGGUGCGCCCGGAGCCCCCUCCCACCCGCUUCCAUCGGGUGCAUGGUGCCAACAUCCGCGUAGACCCCUCUGGGAUGCGGGCCACACGUGUGGAGAGCUUCGCCCACGGCGUGUGUUUCAGCCGCGAGCCGCUGGCCCCGGGACAGGUCUUCCUGGUCGAGAUCGAGGAGAAAGAGCUGGGCUGGUGCGGACAUCUGCGUCUCGGCCUGACUGCGCUGGACCCCGCCAGUCUGGCCGCCGUGCCCGAGUUUUCUCUGCCCGACCUCGUCAACCUGGGCCACACCUGGGUCUUCGCCAUCACGCGCCACCACAACCGCGUGCCCCGAGAGGACAGCCCGGAGGCGGAGGCGGAGGCAGCGGCCCCCAGCCGACCUCCGGCCCUCCUGGUGGAACCAUAUCUGUGCAUUGAGCAGUUUCGCAUUCCCCGGGACCGCCUGGUGGGCCGGAGCCGGCCAGGGCUCUACAGCCACCUCUUAGACCAGCUCUAUGAGCUGAACGUGCUGCCUCCGACCGCGCGCCGUAGCCGCCUGGGCGUCCUCUUCUGCCCGCGCCCUGAUGGCACGGCCAACAUGCACAUCGUCAUCAACGGCGAGGACAUGGGCCCGAGCGCCCGGGGACUGCCAGCUGCGCAGCCCCUCUAUGCGGUGGUGGACGUGUUUGCUUCCACCAAGAGCGUGCGCCUUGUCCAGCUCGAGUAUGGCUCCUUCUUCCCACAGUGCCGUCCCUGCAGACUCUGUGCCGCCUAGUGAUACAGCGGAGCCUGGUGCACCGGCUGGCCAUUGAUGGGCUCCACCUGCCCAAAGAACUUAAGGAUUUCUGCAAAUAUGAGUGAAGACCUGCAGUGCACCUGGAGCAGGAGUGCAUCCCGGGGCCCCAGACCUGUGGCUAGCUGGUCUGAAGUUGGUCACACCGCUGCUGGGCAGGACCAGAAAUAAACAGUUGAUGCUGACAUCUUGA